GCGUCAAACCAAACGUUGUCCAGUCCGAGCGAUUGUCUGUUUUGGAAAUUUGUUGAAGAUAAAUAUCGAGUGCCUCGAUGUUUUUAUCGUUUUGCAAUUUUGGCUGUGUUUGGGAAUGAAGACGACAUUUCUGUCCAAGACAAAUUUAUUCUUCUCCUUUAACUUUCAGGUUACUGUCCCUCUUAGAAGUUUUUCUUCAUUUACCAGCUAUGACAUCACACAGAAGAAGAUCUGUCACAAUGCGUAAGACUGGAGCUGGAGAGCGUGGGGCUACCACCACUACAGAACGUAAAAAAGCAAAUCUCAGGCGUAGGAUCAGUGUAGAUACAUUCAAAGCAUCGCAUUUACCUCUUUCGGAUAAGAGAAUUUAUAUUGAUACCAAAAAUGGAAAGCAGUUUGAGCUGAUGGAGGGGCAGAUGAAAAAACUUGGCGCGAGAAUUGAAAAGUUUUUGAGCCGGGAAGUGCACUAUGUCAUUUCAUCAUGUGUGCCUGCUAAAUUAGAUGACUGCCAUAAUGGGCCAGCUGACGACAACCCUCAGAGUCCAUCUUUAGCCAACGUGCCCAGUCCAUUUAAUUGUGGCCCUUCACCCACAGGGGUUGGAGAGUCCAAAAAAAGUGUGGUGUCUCGAGGGAAGGCUCUUGCUCAGAUAGCUUGCUCCAAGUCCCUCAUUAGCACUACAGUUGCCAGUGCUGAAAAAUUGGGCAUCAAAAUUGUUUCCUUUGAUGCUGCGAACAAAUGGCUUGACAGAGAGCUAAAAAAGUUGGAGGAUGACAAUUCUUCAAAGUGUAAGACUGAGAAUAAAGGCAAAGGCAAGAAAAAAACAGAACGUGGAAGAAAAUUCAAAACACUUAAAGGACCUUUCAUCAAAUUUGAGGCUUUCAAUCAACAGUACAGACCCAUUAAGUCGGAACUCACUGCGUGGCCCAAGUUAAAUUUAGCAGCCCCUCCGGGUAUAUGCCCCUUUGGUGGAGGCAGGUUAGCCAUACAGCACCAGUUUGGACCUAGGAAGACAAUUCCAAAGUCAAAUAAGCCGGCCCAAAAGGUAGCACCAGAGGUUUGCGUAGAGCCACUUAAACCCCAAGACGAAAAUAAAAAUGGGGCUGGCGAGCCUGCAGCAGCUGAUGUAGUAGCUGUGCCUGUUGUUACUACUGGUGAUAUCAAGCGUAAUCUUGAACAUCGCUUGAAAAAGAAAGCAACUAAACAAGGCUUCUGUGAUUGCUGCAAAAUGAAAUUCCAGGAUAUGGAUCAGCAUGUGAGUGGUGAGGAGCACAAAGCCUUUAUUCGUGACAAGUCCAAUUAUGAAGGACUAGACAAGGCUAUUGGUAUCAUUCCAUCAACCAUCACAUUUCUGCAGUCGGUAUUACUUCAGCAUUGUCUACGGAAACAGUGUGAUCAGAUCAGUUCUGAUAAGGGCCAAGAGGAUUUUGCCAGAAGUAUUACCCAAGUUCCUGAUCCUCUGGUUUCCCCUCUGACAACGGAGAAAACUGGAAAUCCUUCUCUAGGAGUGGCCAUAGAUCUACAUACCCCACAGCCUGAGGUGUCACCAUCCAAAGAGCAGCUGACAGUGACUGAUCUCGAUUUUGUCUCAAAUGUGGAGGUUGCCAGUGCAGAUGUAGCUGUUAGCCCCAGUGCUGUGGACCGCCCUCAAGCUGUGGUUAUACGCAAACCAGUUCCCAGCGGACUGUUUACAUCUCCAAGGAGACGACAGCCUACGCCUUCCAAAAAACCUCGGAUGCAAGAGUGCUCUUUAGUGUUUAGGGAUUCCCCGAUGGCUAGUUUACAACCAUCUUCGUGCAAUAGCAAUGCUAGUUUUCUUUGUGAUGACAAUGCUUCUCUGUUUUCUCCCAGUAUGUCAAGGACUUUCAGUCAGAAAUCUCCUGGGGCAGAACAGAGGAAAACUAGUUCAGUGAACAGGUCAUUAACCAAUAGUUUGGAAGUAGGAUCUAGGAACAUGAAAGCACCUGAUGAUAAAAGUGCUCCUGUCACCCCGUGUCCCGGCCAGAGUGAGGACUCUGGAAACAGUUUCAGUGUGAAGAAUGAUAAAGAGAAGAAAAGUGAAAGUUGUGUACCUGAAAACGCUAACCAUCUCAAGGGUAAUACUCGACUAAUUAUCUCUAAAAAUGACAUGCAGCUGGCGAGUCUUAAUAAGAGCUUGCAGGAAGAUUCCUGUAAACUUCCUUCUUACAGGGUUGAACCUGGGGAAACUGCACCAUCUCCAAGCCAAAAUAACCUUGGUACUGUACAAAGUGGUGUUAAGUGUAUUCCGAAUAAUAGUACAGACAUUGGAGAAAAUGCUCCAAAUUUCCUAGCCUUAGAGAAGUUUGAAAUUCAGGUUGAAAAAUGCUUAUACGACCCUUCUAAAACUUCUCCUUCUAGGCAGUUUGAAAACAGUGCAGAUGUAGAUACUAUACCUGUUGUUCCCACCAUUGCUGAUAGAGUGAAGCAAAGAACCAGAAAUCCUGACGUGAAAACUGAUGUAGAGGGAAAAUCCUGUAUUGAAGUACCAGAUCAAAUUACUGAUUUCAAGCCAGAAUGCAGUGUGAAUGAGAGGCAGGCUGAUGUUACUGAAGACCAAGAUAUGCCAGUUGUUCCAAGGAUGACAAGGAGUAAUCCCAGUAAAGGUAACUUACUUGCAGAAGAUGAGCACCUUUCAAAGAAUACAGAAGUACAAAAAAGGGUUCCCUCCGAAUCAGCCCCACAAGAGGAUUCAGAUAAAGAGAUGGAAGUCGUGGAAAAGACUGGUGAUGGCGAUCAAGACAGACCUGAGAAGUUGGUGCCCGAAGCUGAAGAAGUACAGUGUGAGAAAUUUUGCCAACAAAAGAAAUCAAGAAAAAGCAGGACAGAGAGGAGAAAGUCGCGUAGUUGUAGGCUGUCGCUAUUUAAGGGAAGUACUCAUACUUCCGUAGCAGAGACAGAAAAAGAUAAGUCUUCGCCAGAGACAGCUGAUGUAAGAGAAAGUCAUUCAAAGGGUAGGAAAAGUGAAUCUGUCAACGUUGGUAUUAAAAAGGAAGCUGGAAAGACUCCCCGCGUGCAAUGUGAUGAAACCAAGCCAAACUGUCAAACAAGCUCUUCGUCUGAUGAUUUCAUUGCUAAGAGUGUUACAAAGAAAAGUAGGUCAUGUAAACUGUUCAACCAUGAAGGCUGCUAUGCCAAUAGCGGUGAAGAACUGGCUAUACAGGAGUUGGGUAUUGUAGUGCCAAACAUUGCAGAUAGGGUGAAGCGGAGGAAUCGUACGUACUUAUCAGAACUGUCAGCUGAUGAUGGGACGGGGGAAGAUAGUGCUUUCGAGGAUGUAAUGUCUUUCACAGAGAAAAAAGGUUGCAAGUCGAAAAAGGCAGAUGUCUCCGUGAAAUCUGUCACUGAGGUCAGUGCUGAUGCAGUUACCUGUCACAUAUCACCAGAAACUAUGGAUGACCUGUCUGCAUUCGCGUUGGAGGCUUCCCGUGACAGAACUGGUGUUGCUGACCAUGACAAACAGGGAGCAGGUUCUUGUGUGGUUGUAGUGCCCAACAUUGCAGAAAGUGUUAAGAAAAGGCGGUCUUGCACCCUGUUCAAUCACAAGGGCCAGUAUGCCAAUAACGGGGAAGGCGAAGAGGUUCUCGGUCUCGAGGCUGGGAAUGAUGUGGACAAGAUGUCUCCGAACUUCCAUUUUGAUGAUGACUUCUUGAAUAUUCCCAAGAGAAUAUCCGCCUUGAAGAGCAGUAACAUCUCUACUGCUAGUGAGCGUGAAGAGGGACUGAAAACACAGGGUUGUGGUAGGUUAGGUACUAGGAAAGAUAAACUUUCAAAAUAUGGUGGGAACACAGCUGUUGUGAUCAGGAGGAAAAGUUCAUAUUUUCCUGCUUAUUCUGUUAAAGGUGGAGAGGCCAACUGGGCAAAGUUCCGCUCAAACCGAGACUGGUGUGUGGGAGAGGAAACGACGCAAACUGUUGCUAAUGACAAGGGGAUAUCUCACAAUGAAAAAUCUCGUAGCACCGUUGAAAGUUCAAAGGACUUUCAUGAUACUUUAUUACAGAAAUUAGCUGGAGAAUGUGUGCCUAAUUAUGAUAGUUCUUGCAACAGUCCAAAAGCUUCUACUGUGAAAAGGAAAGAUAGUGUAAAUUCUCCCCGUGCAAAGCUUGCAGAGAGUCCAAGAUUAAGGCUGCGACUGAGGAGAGAGCCGAACAAUGCUGGAUUCUCCUCCACUAUUCUAGAAGACGAUGUUGUCAUCAGUAGUUUGAACAGUGAAACUGAAAACUCGAUUGAAGAGAAAAGGCUAGUUAGGGAUGAUAAGAAAACAAGAAGGCGAGAAACAAGAAAAAGUAAGUCUAAAAGGAAGCAGACAGUACCUUCACAAUCUGCCACCAGUGACACUGGGUCUGUGGAUUUACUGCCUUCUCCGCCCGUUCUCCGAGGCAGAAAGAGGCACAGGACUGGCUCACAAACUCCAGGGAAUACAGAGGAAAGUGUUGAUUGUAAGCCGACUCAGUCUGAAGAAGCCAAAGUGCUUUCAGAUUCAAAGCGUGCCUCAAAGAGAAGAAAACUAGACUUUGAGAAAUCAAGAAGUGAGCGUACCUGUAAUGUGGGUUCUAAAGUAGCUGACUGUGGACAGACAAGUGGGGAGGAUUUGAAAAAAGCUACUCAUAUCUCUGAUGAAGUGACUGAAAAUAAAGCUGGCUCACCUCCCUCUCCUCCAGUCUUACGGAAGGGAAAUGAGUCGUCCACUCCCAAGAAAAAUGUAGCGAAUGCUGAGGAUAAGGAGAAAGUCAUUGAAGAAAGUGUUAAAGGGAAAGAUAUUUUGUUGUCUGGUAAGAAAGUGAAACUGAGUGACAGUUGGAAGCUAGUGUCGGACAGGAGUGUGGCCAAGCUUCUUGAAAGCGAGCAGGACGUGGCAUCCUUUGAUGGUUUCACCGGGUCAGCCCAUGACCUUCCGUCUGACAUCACGUACACUGAAGCCUCAGAGGUGGAAUUCGGUGCUUCAGAGAGCAAAGACUGGCUGUUGACGGAGAACUCUACCAUUUGUCAUGAGGGGACCACUCGGACAAACUGCACAAAGACUAAUGAAGAGUGUGGCGAGGAUCUUCUGGAAGGGGCCCCUGCGAAUGACUUUGGCGACCUGCUCAAGUUUGUCCCUUCCUUUUCUUCCCCGGGCAAAGCUGGGACUGACUCCUCGUGGGGUGAUAUAUGUGACACCUAUCUUAGUACUUCGAUUAAUCUACGCUACACGCCGUCCACCAACUGGACUGACACUACACGCAGUCCUCGACGUAGAGGGCCAAUGUCUCCGUUCACGAGUCCCAACAUUAGCUUUAGCCCAAAAAGGGUCAGAGUACCAGACUGUGACAAGAGAACCCCUAAAAAGUCCUGUGUCCGGGAAAAGAUGUCCAAUGACUUAAAGUCAAAAGACACCCAGAGUAAAUGUAUAGAGGCCCUGGACACGUUCACUCCGGUUAAAAGUAGGAGCAGAGGUGACGAUUCUGUAGGCUCGUCAAUACAACAGGUCGAUGAUGUUGUAUCUUUUAAUUACAUGAGCCCUCAAAGACUGAACUUUAGUCCCAUUAAGAGUCCUGACAAAAGUAGAAGCAUACCAAACAAACCUAAUUUUAGCCUUCUUCCAGAAGUUGUGAAAAGUCCAAAUCACAAACAGAGGCUUAAAGUAACAAAUACAAGUAAGCCUGUGCUGUCAAAAUAGAUGGGAAAGCCAAACAGGGGUGUGCAAGCCUAGACCCCUUGGCAAUUGUGUGUUUUAGUUUUCAGGCUAGUGGUUAUUGGUCAGUAGAACAAUUGCUCACAUGUUUCUUACAUGGGCCAUAAAUGGGUUCAUACUUUUGUACAAUUAUGUAUAUUUGAACAGUUUCGCGAUAAAACAUAAUGUAUUCAUUUUUCCGGUCUUAAGAAAAAUGAAGAUUUUUGU